GUCAAAUUGCCUGCCAACUGCUAGACUCUUCAGUGGCUUUGAGUGUUUGGACUCGUCUAGGCGUCCGUGGCAGCAACUGAAAGCGUCGAGAUCCCAUUUAUGUGCUGCUAAACCAUAACAAUACACGGAUAUGAGUGGCACGUCAAGCAAUGCUGACGGAGAUGAGAAAGGUAACCAACCGCAUUUGUCACACGCAAUCUCCAUCAUUGCAAUAGACACCAAACAAUCGACUGAUAAAGCCAUAAACAACGAUCAGAAAGUAGCUAAUGAUUCAAAGACCGACAUCACUGAGCAACAUCUCCAUGGAAAUGAACGUGGAGACAAUGAGGAACCCGAACGUCCUGAUGAAUUCUUCGGGUCACGACACGUUUUUGCUUUGAUGGGAUUUCUUGGCUUGGCUGCUGUGUACAUGAUGCGUAUCAACUUGUCGGUGGCUAUCGUCGACAUGGUCAAAACUCCAAACACUACGACGUUCUUCGGCAGGAGCGGCAGCGGAGGCUCUAGCGGAAAUAACAGCGAACAGUGCGAAAGUGAUGAAUCUGGUGACAGUGAUGGCAAUGGCGAGUUUGAUUGGGACGGUGAAACACAAGGCCUGAUUUUGGGUGCGUUCUUCUGGGGCUACAUGGUGACGCAGAUUCCAGGUGGAAUUUUGGCCGAGAAGUACGGAGGCAAAUACGUGUUGGGUAUUGGCAUCCUUCUCACCGAUUUCUUUUCCAUGCUAACUCCAUUGGCCGCACGACAUGGCGGCGCUGGAGCAGUUAUAGCAAUGCGUGUACUCACCGGCCUAGCUGAGGGAGUGUCGUUUCCAUCGGCUAAUAAUAUGAUUUCAAAAUGGGUCCCCACAUUUGAACGAACGACUAUAGGCGCCUUCGUCUUGGCAGGUACUCAAUUCGGGACGGUGAUCAUCAUGCCGUUGUCGGGUUUCCUGUGUAAUCUCGAAUACGAUGGCGGAUGGCCUUUGGCUUUUUAUGUCCCUGGCGUAAUCGGAAUUCUCUGGUUCAUUGCCUGGGUUUUCUUGGUGUAUGAUAGCCCGUCGGUACAUCCUAGAAUUUCGGAAAAAGAGAAACGUUACAUUAUCGCCUCUACUGGGGUUUUGAAGCCAAUUCCGUUUACAGCAACUCCGUGGUCAACAAUCAUGACUUCCAUUCACCUGUGGGCUAUUCUUGUUGCCCAUUUGGGCCAUAGCUGGGGUCUUUCCAUGCUACUUACAGAACUGCCGACGUACAUGAAGACCGUCUUGCACUUUGACUUGAAAGCGAAUGGAUUGCUUUCGGCACUUCCGUAUUUAGCAAUGUGGUUGUUUUCCAUCGCCUUUAGUGUGACUGCUGACGCAAUGAGAAAAAACAAAAUUUUAAAUACGACCAACACGAGGAAGCUAUUCACUACCAUAGGGCUCCUCAUUCCAGGUUUAGGACUCAUCGGCGCGAGUUAUACAGGCUGUGACCGAGUUGCCACACUUACUUUGCUCACCCUGUCAUGCGGUUUUAAUGGGGCUAUUUAUUCAGGAUUUUUAGCUAAUCAUAUCGACAUUGCAUCGAAUUAUGCCGGUACUAUGAUGGGUGUCACAAAUUGCGUCGCCAGCAUCUGUGGAUUUCUGGCACCCUAUGUUGUCAAUCUGAUAGUAACGGAAUCGGGCUCCAUUGAUCAAUGGCAAACAGUUUUCUUCCUCUCAGCAGGCAUCUACGCUUUGACAAAUUUGUUUUAUGUCAUUUUUGGUACUGGUGUAGAGCAGCCAUGGAACAAACUCAAAGAUACCCAUCCACUGGAGCAGAAGAGAAACGAAUCUAUUGGCUCCUUCACCAGCUCAGGAAAAUCUGGCAAAUCAGACUAAUACAGAAGAAUGGUUAAUUAGAUUUUUCCUCUACUUCUAUCUUUCUCUAAUAC